AUGAGAUUUCCAAGACUAAAAUCCCCAGUCUCCAUGACUGACUCACUGAUAGAUAUAGAUAUGAUGUACAACAAUUCAUCAACACCAGAAGAGGCUAAUCUUCAGUCCUCUAAAACAGAUAAUGUUUGGGACAAUCCAAUUGUACCACGCACUGAAUUGAUCAAUUCAAACACUUCAAAUCUUAACGAUCAAACUUCAAGUCCUCUAACCGCAAAAAACCUCGAGAUUUUGAGUAAUUCGACACAUUCUAGUCCCGUAAAACACGGAAGCAUAUCAUCAAAAACCACAACUGUUCAUUCUGGCUCAGUUGAAGAGGUCUUCAAGCAAGUAGAAGAUCAAGAUCGGCAGGAGCUUCCAGCAAUUGAUAAAAGCACAACAGCAACGACCAUAGCUAACAUAUUAAAUGCCAACAAUCCUGGCCUCUUCCAGUUACUCAACAUUCGAAAUAUAAGUUUAGUAGGAGAUCUUGUAGGAAGACUUGUUAAUUUCGAUCAGCGCGAACCUAUUCUCCAAAGAUAUCAAUAUUUCGAACCACAUCCAGUAGCAGGAACGAAUAGCCUUCUUUCGUGGCUUACUUCGCAGGAAAAAAUGGCGGAAGAAACCAUUAAGUCUGAAAGCCGUGAAUUCUUUCAUUGGGGCUGGAAUCCAGCAAUCUUUUCACGAGCAGUUCGAUUGGGCGUACAUGCUCCUUUCAUAGUUCCAUACGAGAUCAGCACGGAGGCGGGAAAUUGGUUUAGGGGAUACAAUAAAACAAACAGAGAUACAUUGGCCUGGGAGGUCUUAUAUCAUACAAUUUUCCCUCAAAGUGGAAUGAAGCACAACUCCUAUGAGUUUCGGGCUUUAGCAAAUGAUUUUUUCUCUGGAAAAGAGGUUCAAAAUGCAGAGUACUACGCUCAUUUGACUGAGCCGGAUAUACCCUCUGUAGAAAAGGGUUCAGCGUCCAAGCUAUUUCAUAUUACAGCAAUUGAUAUGGGUGAAUCCAGGCAGAAUCUUCACCGUAACCUGUAUGGAGGGGCCGAGGGCAUAGAAUCCGCCAGACUCAAACCAAUUGUGGACCUUUUCCUCAUCGAACUUAUCCAAAUGAACGAGAUUGAAAAUGCACUCAUUCGUGUAGAGAAGGAUAAACGCAUGGAAAAGUCAAGUUUCACAGUUGCCAAAGUCCAGGGUACGGAUGUUCGACGUUCCUCAAGGUAUCAUGAAUGCCUUCAUAAACUCAACACUUUGGAGAGAAACAAGGAGGAACCAGGAGAAGCUGCAGCUAGAAGUGUUUUGAAGGAUUUUGUUCAAGAUAUCAACAUCCAUGGAUUGGACUCAAUAAUGGGAUCGGAAACCUGGUCUGUAACUCAUAUACGUACCGUUCCGACAUUAGAUGAGCAUGUCGAGGAAAUCACAGUCGUUGAGGCCGCUACUCCUGGUACACCUAACAAUGGAGGCAAUUUGUUUUCACCUCGUUCUACUUCACCGCUGUUAAUUCUAGAUAUUUCAGAGCCAAAGACAGAGACAGCGCCAAGAAAGACGAAGAAGAAGAAGACAAAGGGUAAGAAUAACGCAAAGAAGGUUUUGAAGCAGGAAAUCGACCCUGAGUCUACAGUGGCGGAAGCCAGAAGUCAAACUUCUGAGAUCAUUAACAAGGCAACUCCUUCCAUUGCAUCUGACCCAUUAAAUUACCAUUUCGACGACGCUACGGAUCCAGUAAUCGAGGAUGACUCAAAUUGGGAGAUCGUGAAGCCCAAGCCUAGUAAGCCAAAGGGCCCACAGGCUACCCAACAGACUCGUGCAGCUCAUUCUUCCAAAGCUUAUAAAGAUAGUUCCGUCAUUGCCAAAGUCCCACCCAGUUAUAGCGUUAGUCGAAAGAAGACAAAGGUACCCACAAAGGUAUCAACUCAGACUACGGCCGCUACUUCAAAGAGCGGUGAGAAGUUUGAGAUCAAGAGCUUAAACGACUUUCCGGAAAUGAUCUCACCUUCAAAGAAUGUCGUACAACAAACUCUUGGAUCUACCAAAAAGAGGUCUACGGUCGUAACGGUACAGGAGGUUUUGCCACAGGCACCCUCAGAAACUCCAGCCAAAGAAGAGUCUACAAUUCUGCCAGAAGAAUUUCUUCUACCAAGUAUAGACCUUGAUAUCGGGGCUAGUAUUGAAGCUGAAAUUGAUCACGAUCAAUCAAAGAUUUCUGUUCAAUCAGCAACAGUCAUAUUAUCACCUGUACCUUCGACAAAACAAGCCAGUCUCCCUAUUGAAGAUUCGGCUGAAGAUGUCUUUGAAUUCGCUACAAUCGGUAUUUCUACAGACGCUGAGCCCCCUCGAAGCUUAAUCGAUGAAAUCAAGGCAGCGAUAUCUAUCGAAUAUAGCGUCAUAAAGGAUGGCUCUACUAGUACAAUAGGCACCGAGCCCGAGGUCGAAAAUAUCACUACAAUUUUGCCGAGAAAUUCAUCACCUGAUUGUCAAACACCUCCUGGGCUUACUUUGAGUCGUGAUGCACCAAUCUAUCUAGACAAUUUCGAUGACCACGACCAGAUAGUCGAAAAACGAUUCCGAAGUUCUUCAACUAACGCCAUGAUUACCUCGGGUCCCUCUAUGUUUGACGAUGAUGAGGAAAACUCUGAUCCUGGUAUCUUUAUCGAUAGACCUGCGUCCGUUUCUGAGAUUACAAUCACGAAGUCGAUAGUGGAUAGUUCUAUUAAAGUUUCCAAUUCAAGAGUGUAUCCACGUAUGCUACCAUUAGCAAUAUCACUGGGUUCUGCUACUGGUAAAUUCGGAUCAGUCCACGAUCUGCGUGCUGUUAAUACUGCAUCUUCUAAUGACGCUGUUGUAAAUGCUCCUACAAUCGGUACCUCACCAGUCUCUGAUAGCGUAUCUGUGAAUGACAUUGUCAAUGACGCAUCUGAAGCUGCAACAGCAUUCGUCUCAGAGGCUUGUGCUGGCAAUGAAGACACCCCGCUAUCUAUGGAAACCGCUCCGAUACCUGCCAGUGAGCCUGUUGCAAUUGCUAGCUCUACAUUAACUAUUCAUGGGCCACAACCUCGAAGCUUCCGCCCAUCUUUGAUGGAUUUGGAUUCCCUACACUUGAAUCCUACAGAAGCUGCCCCUCUAGGAAGCCAAACACCUGCUCGGCAGGCAAGUGUAGCAAGUUGUGACGCUGCAGGACAAAAAUUAUCUGACUUUUCCAAUGGUUGGAGUCGACAACAACUAUCAAGCAGUACCAUUAUCAAUUCGGGUCCACGUACACACACGGAGCCAGACACAGCUCGAAUACCCUUUGACUGUACUUAUUGCAAUGAUCAUCAUCAUGCUACAAUAGACAGUCCUAUGGUCCUAUGCUAUGGCUGUGGUCCCGAUAGUGGUAUCAAAUAUUGUUCGAUAGCAUGUCUUCUAGCAGAAAGCCUUGCUCAUGCCGAUGUCUGUCAAGAUAUUGUGGAUGACUCCGAGACAUUUACAAUUGGUCGCCCAACAGCAUAUCAAAUAUAUUACACUGGUAUUCUCGCAGCUCCUUCUACGUUCGGAACUAUAUUUAAGAAGUCAAUCUAUGCCUACCGUCAAAAAGUUUUCGCAAUGUACUGUCGUAGCGGACCAUUUCCACAAGUUCAUAAAGCAUGGGCUCGCAAAAACAACACUUUACCCACUCUUCCAGAACAAGAUGCAAUCGAGGCCACCAAGAAGACCGGUAGUUAUUUUGUAUUCAAAUCUGCUUUGACAAGUAACAACAAUCGCAUGAAUCUGGACAGUACAGUCAUCUGUACGAUCAAGUUUCGUCCUAACGAUCGUAUGUUGCAAGCGGUCGAUCGAUGCCUUGAAUCUUGCUUUAGAUUGAGUCACGACCACGACUACGCUGUCAAUGAAUUCUUGUAUAGACUCAUCAAGGAUCUACUUUCUGACGAUGAAUCCUUUGAUUGCUUCCCACACACAGAAGAUCGAUUAACUGUAUUUCAUGAAUUCCAACAUCAAUAUGAUCUAGAAUUCGGUUUUAACGCUGACAUGCAGAGCGCACGAUCUGACAAAUUCGAUUUCGAGUCGGAGUGGUCUCUCAUUGAAUAUCUUUUGAGUCGAUCAGAGUUUGAGGAAUUGGUCUAG